ACGCUGCGCUCGCCCUUCGACGGCGACGACGACGCGGCGCGGGAUCCGCUGCUGCCCGCCCGGGUCGCCAGGUGGGCGGCCGUCGGCGACGUGCGGAGGAACCACAAGAAGGCCCAGCCCCCCGAAGCUGCGGCGGCUGCUGCGGCAGCCGCCGCAGCAGCAGCAGAGCAGCAGCCCAAGGCGAGAUCCAACGCGCUCUGGGACAAGAUGGAGCCCUACUUCCGGGAGAUGUCGCUCGACGAUUUCGAGGCGUUACUGCCGUCCGUCUCCAACCGUCUCGAUCCGUGCUUUAUCAUACCAUUUGUGGGCAGCGGGAAGGAGCAGCAGUUGCCUCAACACGUUGAUCCAUCUCAUACAGCCGUGGUCGCUAACCCCACCCUGGUUUCGGGCAAGGAGAACGAGGAGCCGGAGAAUCACCUCCUGCAUGCCAACCAUGCGACACAGCACGAGAGCUCAGAUUUUGUUUUCCGCAGCAGCAUCAAGCUAGUCAGUACCAACGGGGACAGCGAAGGGCACCGCGAGCAGGACGCCAUUCCCCAGCAACAGGAACAGCCAGAUCCAGGCAAGAGUCUGGAGGACGACUCCUUGAACUGGCUCCUAGCAUCGCGAGGCCGGUCCGUGCUCACCUCGGAGCGCCCCAACAAGAAGCGGAAGCUGCUGGGGGCAGACGCGGGGCUCGAGCGGCUGGUCUGGCUGCCGCCCGUGCCAGGCGAGGCCGCUUCAACCUGCGACGUGUGCUGCUUGGGAGAAACUGACGCCACAUCCAACAGGAUGCUCCACUGCAGCAGCUGCAAGGUGUCCGUGCACCAGAGGUGUUACGGCGUGCAGGUGGUGCCGGACGGCUACUGGACGUGCGCCUGGUGCGACGGUAUCAGUUCCGCGCCCGCGCGGAUGCUGUCGCUGAACGAUGGGGGCAGGAUCGUCUCUAUGCCCUGCGUGCUCUGCCCCAGGGAGAAAGGUGCUUUGAAGCCUGUGAAAUGCGAUCCUGGUCAAGCUGCAGAUGGGGGCAACCUCAGUUUCGCGCACCUGUUCUGUAGCCUGUGGGCGCCGGAGGUUUUUGUAGAGGACAUGGACUCGAUGGAACCUGUCACUAAUAUAGGAGAUAUCCCAGAGAAUCGCAUGAAAAUGGUGUGCACUCUCUGCAAGGUUAUGCAUGGUGCAUGCGUUCGAUGUAGCCAUGGAACAUGCCGGGCUUGCUUUCAUCCAAUAUGUGCAAGAGAAUCUAAGCAUCAGAUGGAGAUAUGGGGAAAAUCUGGGCUUAAGAAUGUUGAGUUGAGGAUAUUUUGCUCAAGGCAUUCUAGAGUCAGAAGCAUCAGUUCCGUACACAAUGCCAAUGGUGUUACUGAACAGGAUACUGCACGAGUUGGGCUGGAUGAUGAAAUUUUUACCACAGACAAGAAACAACAAAUGAGAUUUACACGCAAGAGUAAGGACAAAUUCAUGAACGGCAUAUCCAUCAGCUCUAGUUCGUCCAGCCUAAACAAAGUGCAGACAGCGGAGCUGGUUACGACACCAUGUACUGCUAGAGCCAUCGAAACUCAACAAAUCGAACAGACACACAUGGUUGUUGAUCAGCCUACAGGAGAUGGGAAUCUUGUGAGCAGUUCUACUGAUGUUUCUGCAGUUCUCAGAAAGCUAAUUGACCAAGGGAAGGUUAGUGUUGGUGAUAUAGAAUCAGAACUGGGUCUGUCCUCAGAAUUCUUGGAAGCUGCUCUUGUGCCUGAAACAACCACCUUCUCCCCUGGUCUGAAGUUGAAAAUCAUCAAGUUGCUGCAAAACUCCGUUCAUGUGUCUUCUGUUCAAGUGAAACCUCUUGAAGAGAGUGAUAUAGCACCAGAAGGUACAUUGCUUAGAAGUGAAAGUAAGAACUUAACUGAUUCACAACCUGGCUCAGAACUUGAGGAAGGCAUCUCAUCAUUUGAUCAUAACUAUCCUGACAGUGAUAAAGCUGAUAAAGACUGGUCUAAUUCAGUAGAAAAUUCCUCGCACACUGGUCGUGAUUGUGAAGACGACCAUAUUUCUGGCCAACGUGUUCUCAACAUUGAUGGUUAUCGCUGCUAUAUUCAUCCAUACGUCGAGAAAAAGUUGCAGGAUUUGUGGGGUCAUAUUUCGAAUCAGAAUAAGCAGUCUUGUUAUCAUGUUGAAGAGUUAUCCUGCGUUCCUCAUGACCAAAAUCUUGCUGAUUUAUCAACAAAACUUGAGCAAUUAACAGAGAUAGCUGCAGCUGAUGAAGCUUCUAAAGCAGAAUCGUCAGAUAUUCUAGAGCAUUCACCCCGUGAUGAAAUAGAAGGAGAAAUCAUUUAUUUUCAAUCCAGGCUUCUCAAUGAUGUUGUAUCCAAGAACCAGAGAUAUGAAGACCUUAAAUUCAAGGUCGUCCAGAGUCUUUCCCAUGAAUUGGAUUCUUUUAAUAAACGAAAAUGGGACCAUAUCAUUGUGAAUCAGUUCCUUCGCGAUAUAAGGGAAGCUAAGAAACGCGGGAACUCAGAGAGGAGACACAAAGAAGCUCAGGCUAUCCUAGCUGCAGCUGCACCUUGUGCUGCACCCAGCUUGAGAAAUGAAACUUUUAAGAAAGAGACAGAAAAUGAUGCAGCGCCUGUCAAACAAGAGGUUCAUACUGUUCUUGUGCUUGUUAUAGUACAAAAAUCAAUGCUGGAUCUUUACGAGUUAGCCAAUUGA